AUGGGUGUUAAAGGUCUUUGGUCCAUUGUAUCUCCUGUAGGUGUUCGGGUUAAUCCCGAGAUUUUUACAGGGAAAAGAAUAGCAAUUGAUGUUAGUAUAUGGUUAUAUGAACUGACCUAUGCUAAUAACGUGAAAGACUUACGAAAUAAAUCUUUUGAUAACAUGAGCAUAUUCAAUGAUUUGUGGAUAGAUUUUUCUGAAAAUAUAUCUAGUGAAAUAAAAACAGAUAAUAUUAAAAAAGCACAUCUUUAUUUUUUUUUUUUAAGAAUAUGUAAAUUAUUGUAUUAUAAUAUAAGACCGAUAUUUAUAUUUGAUGGCAACCCACCAGAAUUAAAAAGGAAAACUAUAUUUCAAAGAAACAUUAAGAAAAGGAAUUAUGAAGAAAAAUUUAAAAAAACAGCUGAAAAGCUUGUUUAUAAUUAUUAUCAAAGGACAUUAUUGAAUUCUAUGAAAAGUAAAAAUAAAAAGAAUGACAACUCAAAUAAUAUAGAAGAUAAAACAAACACACCAAAUAAAACAAACACACAAAAUAAAUCAAACACACAAAAUAAAUCAAACACACCAAAUAAAAUCAAUGCCGAUAUAUCAAAAAGUAGUUUAAUACAAAUAUAUGAUGAUAUUAAAGAGAAAGAUAAGUCGUUAAACAGUUUAGUAGAGCACGUUGGAAAUGUGCCUGUGAGUGUUAAGGAUGUUCUAACUAUAUGUAAUGAUGAUUUAAGUAAAAUAAAGAAUAAAAUAUUUAUGAUAACAGAUUUUGGUCCUGUUCUUUUUUUGGGUGAACAAGAUGGUGAUAUGGGUACUGUGGAGAACAUAAACAAAUUAGACAAUAGAAAUAAAGAUGAAAAUAAUUUAUCUUAUUCCAUAAAUUAUAAUAAAGUACAAGAUGUUAAUAACAACAAUGAUGACGAUAAAGAUAAAGAUAAAGAAAAUAUUAAUGAAGUACGGAGAGAUCAAAAAAAUUAUGUAUAUAAAAAUAAAGAAAAUAUUAAUAAUAUAUAUCUUGAUGAUGAUGAUGAAAAGGAAGAUAUACAAAAUAAAAAUGGUGUAUAUAAUAAUGAUGAUAUUGAUGAACAAAUAAUACGAAAAAAACAUAUGGCUAGAAAAAAAUAUUAUGAAAGCAUACCAAAAACGUUUAAGGGGUUUUUAUGUAUGAGAAGACCUGUAGAUAUUAUUGAUAUUAGUAAUUAUAAUACGGAAAUGUUGGAAAUUUCAGAAACAUUAAAAGUACAUGAAAAUAAAUUUAAGCAACAUCUUAAUGUGUUAGAUGAAAAUAAUAGUACACCUGUAGUAAAUAUGAAUUUAUUAAAAAAUAUUAAUUAUAAAAAAAAUGACGAUUUAAUUGAAGGAGGAGAAAAGAAAUCAUUUAUUAAUUUGAUAAAUGUGGAUUCGUGUUAUAGUAGUAGUAAUAGUAGACUUGAAAAUGAUGAGAAUAUUGAAAGGGGGAAAAUAAAUAUGUUUAUUACAAAUGAUGAGAAAUCUAUUAAUAUUAAUAAUUACAAUAAUAAUAAUAAUAAUAAUAAUAAUAAUAAUAAUGAUAAUAAUAUGGAUAAUAAUGAUGUAAUUAUAGAACACAAUAAAAACAAUAUGAAUAUAUAUGAUAAUAAAUACAAUGUGGAAUGUAGUUCAGAAAAAAUAAAUGAUAAUGGGAUAAGUAAUAAAAAUAUUAAUAUAUUAGAAUUACCAAAUAAUUUAGAUACAUCUAAUAUAUUUUUAGAAGGAAAAGAUGAAUAUAAAGUUUAUUAUGUUAACAAAGAAGAAAUACGGAUUCCAUUAUUCAAAGAAAUUAAUAAAGAAAUUUUUGAAAAGUUACCUUUGAAAUUACAGUAUCAAAUAUUACAAGAUAUAAAAGAAGAAUGGUAUACUGAUAAUAGAAUCAAAGCAAUAAAAUCAAAAGACGAUAUGGAUGUUUUUUCACAAGUACAAUUAGAAACAUAUGUAAGAAUGAUUAAAACCGAUUUUGAAAUCGAAAAAUUAAAAAUAAAAAUGGCUGAAAAUAUUCAAAGUGUAGAAGGAGAAUUAUUAAUAAAUAAAGAUUUAUCAAAAAAUACAGACAAUAUUAAUAUAAAAGAUUAUAAUGUUUUACAAAAAAAAAAAUCCAAAAAAAAAAAAAAAAAAUUUCUAAAUGACAUAUUAAAUACAUAUAAUUUUACUACUGAAAGUAAAUAUCAGGAUCUAUAUGUUAAAGGGGAAGAAUCAAAAGAAGAUAUUAAAAACCAAAUUGAUUUCGUUACACAGGAAUGUUAUCGAAAUAAUGAUAUUAUAAGAGAUACGCAUGAUAAGUCUGAUAUAUUUAAAAAUAUUAAAAUAGAUAAUAAUAAAAAAUAUGAAAUUUAUAAUUUAGAGCUUGAACAAGAAGAAAUUAAUGAAAAAAAAAAUUAUAAUAAAAAUAAUAAUGAUAGUAACAAAACGUUCUUUUUAAAAAUAGAGAAUGAAUUUAAAAAAGACCUUUUAUUAGAUGAUAGCCAAAUUUUUGGUGAUAGCCUUUUAGCUGAUAUAAAAGAAUAUAAUUAUACUGCUGAUAAUUUGGAUAAUAAUAAUGAAAACAAAAGUUUAUAUGAAGAUGGCGAAAAUUUUAUAACUAGGAAUGAGCCUAUUACAAAUGAAUAUGAAGAAAAAAAUAACAUAAUAUACAUAUCAGAUGAACAAAAAUAUAAUGAAGAAGAUAUUAUAUUUAAAGACAAAAUAAAGGAAAAAGAGAAAAACAAUGAUACAUCAAGUGAUGAUUUUGAAAAUUGUAGUGUACAGGAAAAAAUAUAUGUAAAUGAAAAAAUAGAAGAAUAUAAUAAUAAAAAUGAUGAUAAAUCAUCUUCAUCAUCAUCGAUUAUAUUAGAAGAAAUCAAAUAUAAAAAGGAAAAAAAAGAUGAGCUCGUUAGCCCUAAUUUGUGUGUUCUACUUGAUGAAUUUGAGCAUUCUAAUGAUCUGGAGAAUAAUUAUAUUUCCGUUUCUUCUGAUGAUAUGAAAACCAACGUGAGCAAAAACAAUAUUACAGGAGUAAAGGAAAAUAAAGUGGACAAAACAAAUGUGGAGUAUGAUAAAAAAGGAGAUGAUGGGGUAAUAGAAAUAUCUUUUGAGGAUAGUCAUAAAUUAGAAGAGUCAAAAUUUGAUGAUAAUAACAAUAUUUAUGAUAAUGAUGACGAAUUAGAAAAAAAUUUAUCAAAGGAUUAUAUUUCGGAUGUUGAUAAAAACCAUGUAAAUAAUAUAUAUAAUAUCGAACGAGGGGAAGAUGAAAGAGAAAACGAAUUUGUAGAGAAUAAAAUACAGUCGACAGAAUCACAUAAGAGUAAUGAAUUUAUAUGUACAGAAAAUAAAAGUUUGAGAAAACAAUAUAUGAGUAAAGAAGAUAUAAGUAAUGUGCGAAUACUUAAAAGUGAUGAUAUUAACAAUUUGAGUAAACAAAAUUAUUUUGAAAUAUUAUUAGAUAAGAAACAAGUUAUGGAUAAUUUUCAGAUGAAUAUUGAACAAAAUAAUGAUAAAUUAAAAGAAGAUAAAUUAGAUGAAGGUGCUUAUUUUGAAUAUUUAGAAGAUAAUAAAAUAAUUGAUUCAUAUAUAAAAGAAACAAAUAAAGAAAAUGAAGAAUUAAUAAAAGAAUAUAAAAAGUUGAAAAAAAAUAAUAUUGAAAUAAAUGAUGAAAUGAAUGAUGAUAUAAAAUUAUUAUUAAAUUUUUUUGGUAUCCCAUAUAUACAAUCUCCAUGUGAAGCAGAAGCUCAAUGUUCAUAUUUAAAUAAUAAAAAUUAUUGUGAUGCUAUUAUUAGUGAUGAUUCGGAUGUUUUAGUUUUUAGUGGGAAAACAGUUAUAAAGAAUUUUUUUAAUAAAAAAAAAACAGUCGAAGUUUAUGAAAAAAAAGCUAUUGAGGAAAAGUUAGGAUUGUAUCAAGAAGAAUUAAUUAAUAUUUCCUUAUUAUGUGGAUGUGAUUAUACAAUAGGUGUGCAUGGUAUAGGUAUUGUUAAUGCUUUAGAAAUAAUUAAAGCCUUUCCAAAUUUUGAGGAUUUAAAAAUAUUAAAAGAUAUUGUAUCGAACCCUUUUAGAAAAAUAGAUAAAAAUAUGUAUAAUGAAGAAAUACAGCAAUUCUUAAAUACUCAUAAAAAUUAUAAACUUAAUUGGAUAUUCCCAAAUAAUUUUCCUGAUAGAGAAGUCUAUAAAUGUUUUAAGUAUCCAAAGGUAUGUACAGAUAUUAAAAAAUUCGAAUGGCAUGUCCCUGAUAUUAAGAGUAUAACAAAAUUUUUACAUAAAACUACAAAUAUAUCAGAAGAAAAAGUUCUUAAUGUCCUAAACCCAAUUUUACAAAAAUAUAAUGUUAAUGUUAGAACAUAUCAAUCAAAAAUUGAGGACUUCUUUCCACUCUUGGAGAAAAAAAGAAAAACUGUAGAUGAUUUAAUUGAUCAUAUUAGAGCAAAUAAUAAACAAAAGAGACAAAAAAAUAAAACCGUUCAUUUGGAUAGUAAAAUAUCACCAUUGAUUGAUAUAAAUCCAGCAGGAAUUAUCAAAUCUAAGAGAAUGUCAUCGGCCUUGGAUCAUAUAAAAAGGAGAAAAUCAAGCAAGAAAAAAAAAUAA